AUGAAGGCUAGGCAUAGGAGAAAUUAUAUUGGAUUAGUUGAGAAUAAAGCAGGGGUGAUAGUGGAUUCAGUCACUAAAGUGAAAAAAGCUGUCAAGGAGUAUUUUGAAGCGAAAUUCAGAGCUUCAAACAUAGCAAGACCGAGACUGUCAACAACAAUCACAUACAAGUUGAGUGAGCAGGAAAGUGGGAGUUUGGAGGAACCUUUCACAAGGGAAGAGAUUAAGCAAGUGGUAUUUGAAGGCAAUGGAGAUAAGAGCCCAGGGCCCGAUGGUUUCAACUUGGAAUUCUUAAUGAAGUGCUGGGAUACUGUGGGAGAUGACAUUGUGUUGUUCAUUCAAGAUUUUCACAAGAGAGGUAAGCUCUCAAAAGCUGUCACUGCGUCAUUUAUAGCAUUAAUACCUAAAUACGACACAUUAGUAUUUGGAGAUGGAUCAUGGCAGAAUCUAUGUACUCUUAAGGCUGUACUUAGAGGUUUUGAAAUGGCUUCUGGUUUGACAAUCAAUCUGAACAUAAGUAAGAUUUAUGGGGUAGGUAUAAGGGCGGAGCAAUUAGAGGCUUGUUCAUCAUUUUUGGGCUGCAAAAUUGAUAGCAUUCCAUUCAGAUUCUUGGGUUUCACAGUAGGCGGGAAUCAUAUGAGGAUUGGAUUUUGGAAACCAAUUCUAAAGUCAUUGAGAGACAAACUAUCCUCUUGGAAGGGAAGGCCGCUAUCAAUUGGAGGAAGGGUAACUUUGAUUAACAGUGUUAUCACAAACAUGCCAAGCUACCAAUUCUCCUUUUACAAAAUCCCAAGUAAAGUAUUGAAGGAUAUAAUAUCUAUCCAAAGAAAUUUUCUGUGGAAUGGAACUGUGGAUAAAAGCUCGAUUGCUUGGAUAGGCUGGAAAGAAGUAUGCAAAAGUAAGGAAGAGGGAGGUUUGGGAAUUAAACAUGUAGGGAGAUUCAACAUAGCUCUAUUGUCAAAAUGGCCCUGGAGAAUGUUAAAUGAACACAAUGCUAUUUGGGUUGGAUUAUUGAGAGGAAGGUAUGGGGAAUACAAAAACAGGAUGUGGGGUAGUGAGGCAAAUGAUUCAGCAUCAAAGGAAUCGUUAUGGUGGCGAGACAUUAUGGAAUUAUGCAAUGGGGAAGAGGGAGUAACAAAGAAGAUCACAUCAAGACUAGGAGGGGGAACAUCAAUACUGUUCUGGAAAAAUAAGUGGAUCGGGAAUGAUGCUCUGCAAGUCCAGCUACCAAUUUUAUUUACAGAAAUUUUGCUUAAAGACAUCACAAUAUGUAGAGCUGGAAGAUGGAAUGAGGAAGAAUGGGAUUGGUCAAACAUUAAAGGCACAUAA